CCCCUCAUUCAAUCACUCACACAUCACCAACAAAAUCAAUUGCUUCACAAUGGCCUCUACUACCAUGGCUCUUUCUUCCCCAUCAUUCGCCGGUAAGGCAGUGAAGUUCUCCCCUUCCACCCCUGAAAUCCGGGGAACUGGCCGUGUUUCCAUGAGGAAAACCACCAAGCCUGUUCCUUCUGGUAGCCCAUGGUACGGUCCUGACCGAGUUUUGUACUUGGGUCCACUUUCCGGUGAGCCACCAUCUUACUUGACCGGUGAGUUCCCUGGUGACUAUGGUUGGGACACUGCUGGACUCUCAGCUGAUCCCGAGACCUUUGCUAGGAACCGUGAGCUCGAAGUCAUUCACUGCAGAUGGGCCAUGUUGGGAGCUCUUGGGUGUGUUUUCCCUGAGCUGUUGGCUAGGAACGGUGUCAAGUUCGGCGAAGCUGUAUGGUUCAAGGCCGGGUCUCAAAUCUUCAGUGAGGGUGGACUUGACUACUUGGGUAACCCAAGCUUGAUCCAUGCUCAAAGCAUUUUGGCCAUCUGGGCUUGCCAAGUUAUCUUGAUGGGAGCCGUCGAGGGUUACCGUAUUGCCGGUGGACCACUCGGUGAAGUGACUGACCCAUUGUACCCAGGUGGUAGCUUUGACCCAUUGGGUCUUGCUGAUGACCCAGAGGCAUUCGCUGAGCUCAAGGUGAAAGAGAUCAAGAACGGUAGGUUGGCUAUGUUCUCAAUGUUCGGGUUCUUCGUUCAGGCCAUCGUGACCGGAAAGGGACCAUUGGAGAACUUGGCUGACCACCUUGCUGACCCAGUCAACAACAAUGCUUGGGCCUAUGCCACCAACUUUGUCCCCGGAAAGUGAACUUAGAGAGUGAAAAGGGAUUUGUCUUGUUCAUGUUUUUAUUUGUUGGUGUGAAUGUAAAUUUGUUGCACAAUCAAUGAAAGCAGAAUGUGAAUUUUGUGUGCUCAAA